UGACAGAACAGUUUUGAACAAAUAUUAUUGGCUGGACAUAUCUAUUGGUUUAGUCCAUUUUUACUCAACAAACCAAAACCAGAUUGGUUCAGAAAUGGGUAAUUGGACAUUGGAAGUAUUCAAAAUGGGCAUGUAUAUGACCUUUCCUGUAGCCAUGUUCCAUAUAUUUAAUCAGCCUGGAUACUUCGAAGAAUGGGUCACGAAAAAGAAGCGCGAGUUAUAUCCGCCUGAUAGUCUGGGCCAUCAUGAUGCCUUAAAACAGGCCAUACGAGAGCAUCGCGAAAAACAAGAUGAAAAAAUGAUAAAAGCUUUGGAGGAAAUUGAAAGAAAACAAAAAUUGUGAUUCAUCUCAAAGUGAUGAGGUGGUUUUAUUCUUGGGACUGUUAUUGGAUGGACGAGUCCAAUUCAGCACAAACUUAUGGAUGGUGACUAUGAAUUUGUUGUAUCUGCUGAU